AUGGAGAAGAGAUUCAAUGUAUUCUUGUGGUGGCUGGUGUUCUUGGGAUUUUUCCAUCGCAUAAGUGGGGUUGUUGAUGCAAGAAUGUCAAUGGAACAUAAGAAUUCUGGCCUGGGAAGGAAGAAUACAGAGAAGGGUAUUGCAAAAACUAGCUACGGCAUGCAUAGUGCUUAUGGUGGUGGUAUCGGCGAUGGAUAUGGUGGGGGUGGUGGAAGCGGUGGUGGCGGCUUCAAAGGAGGUUCUGGUGGUGGAUUUGGAGGAGGCAGUGGCAGUGGCUUUGGAGGAGGUUGCGGUGGUGGCUGCAGUGGUGGCUUUGGGGGGAGCGGUGGUACUGGCAUUGCCGACGGUGGUGGUGGUCACGGGUAUGGUGGCAGAGGAGGCAGUGGCGGGAGCUAUGGACGAUAUGACCCUCCUGGACCUGGCCGUGGAUAUGGACCUGGUUCUACUUCUACAUGGGAUGCGACAAGCUCAAAGGCAGAAGUUCCACACUAG